AAACGCACUUAAAGUAUAUUUUUCUGUAAGUUAACCUCAAAUGGUUCAGUAAAUUUUAUAAAUAAUUUUCUAUUAUUUUAAUAGUUUAACAUAAAAAGAGUUAUAUUACAGUGUAUUUUUCAAGAUUCUCCAAGUUUAUUAUUUACGUAAUCAGUGUACUAUGAUAUUGACAAUGAAAAUUAUUUUUUGAUAAAAAUCAAUUCUAACCUUUAAAUUUCUCUUUUUUUCCGCAAAGUUUUUUUUAUAUAAAAUUCAAUUUGAAAAUGUUACGAAAUAUAUUACAAUUUUCGACGAAAUUAAGAGGUAUUAGUGUAAUAAAAGUGACGAAUACAAACUUUUACGUUCAAGUUGAGAAAUAUUCAAGAUUUACUGGUCGUAAACAUGCGGCAAUUAUUAACGAAGAUGAACUUUUCGACGAACCCGCAGCUUCUUAUCCGAAUGAUAGACAAUCAUUUAAUCCUGAAUUAACAUCAGUCAAACGAAAUAGAAAACCCACACGAAGGCAAAAAGCCGCAUUACGUCAUCUGGACGUUGAGGAAGAUGCAGGUAUUAAUAAAUUUAGAAAAAAGGAUUAUAAAUCAGAAUUGGAUAAUGGACCACUUAAGAAGAACAAUUUAUAUACCAAAUUAUACGACAAUGAAAAAUCAUUAUCAUCUUUGAUGAUACAAAUAAAAUCGAAAAAACAGAGAAAAAAGUUGAAUAAAAUUCUACUGGAAGGCAAACGAUUAAUAGCAGAUGCACUUCAUGCUGGAUUGACUCCAGAGAAGAUUAUUUUUAGCCGAACUGAAGAUAUAAAAAAAUUACCUUUAAAUGAUGACGAAACAGAGAGGUAUAAAGUACCAUAUCGAACUAUUCAAUUAUGGUCGAGUCUCACAACACCUUCUGGAGUAAUGGGUAUUUUUGAAACUCCAAAUGUUGAGAAAUUUGCAGUAGAUGAUUCGCUGCCAAUUACAAUUUUAUGUGACAAUAUUAGAGAUCCUGGAAAUAUGGGAUCUAUUUUAAGGGCAGCAGCUGGCGUUGGUUGCGAUAGAGUAAUUUUAACUAAAGGUUGCGUUGAUUUAUGGGAAUCAAAAGUCCUAAGAAGCGCAGCGGGUACACAUUUUCGUUUACCAAUUUACAGUGACAAAAAUUGGUAUGAAAUUCGUUCAAUGAUAAGUCCAGAUUCACAAUUUAUUGUCGCUGACAAUCAUGUUGACGAUGCAUUGUCUAAUGAUAAAUUGGAAUUGGAGAAUAAUGAGGAAUUACAAAUUGUCGACAAUGAAAAUAUCGAUGAUGAAAAUGACAAGGAAGAAAAUACAAUUGAUACGAAAGAUGGAGAAUUGACAAGAGAAGAUAUGAGUAAUAAAUUGUCUAUUGUUCCAUAUUAUUCCCUCGAUUAUACUCAAGGGGAAAUUGUCAUUAUCAUCGGUGGAGAAACAGAAGGUUUAAGUUAUUCUUCACUUAAAAUUGCCAGUGAUAAUAAUGGAUAUCGCGUUAAUAUACCAUUGAAUAAUGGUGUUGAAAGUUUAAAUAGUGGAAUGGCACUAGGUAUUAUUGCAUUUGAAAUUAAAAGACAAUUUUUAAUGGCAUUAAAAAAAGAAUAAAGAAAAAGAAAACAAAAACGUGUGAAAAACACGUUUUUUAUUAUUCGAAGUUAGAUAUUAAAAAAAAGGAAAUUUAGCAGUAUAGGAAUAUAGCUUUUUAGAUUUUGUAUAUAAUUUUUAAAAGAAUUUUCUUUCUCUAAUAAAAAUGUUAUAUAAAUUUUCAUAUACCUACUUAAA